AUGAGACUCGGUGUUGUAUUUGUGAUCUCGCGAGUCCUAGCAGGCUUCACGUAUCUAGGCUGCUACUCUUCGGAUGCCAUUUCCGGCUUGACCAUGAAAGACUCGUACACGUGGCAGAGCUCCAGUCAUUGCACCGAGCAGUGUUCGGGACACGCGAUUGCUGCAUUGAUCAACGGCCAGGACUGCUACUGCGGCGACGAGGUGCCUUCGGACGACGCCGACGGCUCGUGCACGCAAUCCUGCGCGGGGUAUCCGAUGGAGAAGUGCGGUGGUACCGACUCUUACUCGGUGUAUGUUGACGAGUCGCAGGAGGAGGAGGACAGCUCGUCGACGCUGUCGACGCUAUCGACGCAGUCCUCCGCGGACGCUGCGACUGCCAGCUCCAGCUCGACUAGCUCCUCCAGCUCCUCCAGCUCCUCCAGCUCCCCUGAGCCCAGCUCGUCCACGUCGUCUUCCUCCACCCAAAGUUCCCCCACGCAGAGCUCCACCCAGUCUGCUCCGACCUCUGCCCCAACGUCUUCCACGACGUCUUCCACGAGCUCGUCCACAACGAGCUCAACCUCGUCCUCCUCGGCCUCCACCCUCUCCACGUCCUCGUCAACUACCUCCUCCUCCAGCUCGUCUUCCGAAACAGUCCGGAUAACGACGUCCGUCUCGCCCGGCAACACGCAGACCUCCAUCAUCUACAUCACGGAGUCGGUCGCCACUAGCACCUCCGCGUCGGCGGCCGCGUCGUCGUCGAGCGGCUCGAGCGUCCGAAAGGGGUCCUCCGGACUCAGCGCGGGCGCCAAGGCCGGAAUUGCGGUCGGGUCGAUCGUCGGAGCCUUGCUGCUCGUGGGACUCCUGCUCCUGCUCCUGCUCUGGCGCAGGCGGCAGCGCGAAGAAAGAGACGACCUCAGCGAGAAGCGCGCGUCCAGCAUUCUGGCGUCGCCGCUGCCGCCUCCAGCAGGCUCGCGAGGCGUGGCAGCAGGCAUCGGAGCCAACGCGUUCGGGUUCUUGUCCGAGGAAGACAGGCUGGACAUGCCGGGCACGUCGAGACGGUUCAGCGACGGGUCGUUGCCGGACGCUGCCGCUGGGGCCGCGGCGCCGCCCAAGAGUGCGCGCCAGGGAGGUUUGCGGGUGGUGAACCCAGAUCUCAGCGACGAUGAAUAA